AUGAUUCUGCGCAGGCGCGGUUCCACCCACAGGCGGGCCCUCGCCAGGGCAGCCAGAGCGCCAUCCUGCGAGUCUGCGCACGCGCGACCUCCCGACUCCGUUACCACUGGCUUGGUCAUGGCUGCUGCCAGUGUCGUACCGAGGCUCGUGGCUGCCUCCAUGCUGGCGCCGCUCCCCGGCAGCGUGAGGCUGCUGUCGCCAGGCAGGCGGGCACUGUCCCCGCGGGCGGCCUUCCACAGCUCUGCGCCGUGUCCUGGGGCCAGAGUGGCAGUGGUUCUGUCUGGAUGUGGCGUCUACGACGGGACAGAGAUCCACGAGGCCUCAGCGAUCCUGGUCCACCUGAGCCGCGGGGGUGCUGAUGUUCAGAUCUUUGCCCCGAGCACACCACAGAUGCACGUGGUUGACCACACCAAGGGGCAGCCUUCUGAGGGAGAGACCAGGAACGUCCUGACAGAAUCGGCGAGGAUUGCACGUGGCAAGAUCUCUGACCUGGCCCAGCUCCGCGCAGCUGACCACGAUGCUGCCAUCUUCCCUGGAGGAUUUGGAGCAGCUAAAAACCUGAGCACGUUCGCCGUGGACGGGAAGGACUGCAAAGUUAACAGAGACGUGGAGCGUGUGCUGAAGGAGUUCCACGGCGCCGGGAAGCCCAUCGGCCUGUGCUGCAUCGCACCGGUCCUUGCUGCCAAAGUGCUGCGUGGCGUGGAGGUCACUGUGGGCCACGAGCAGGAGGAAGGGGGCAAGUGGCCAUACGCUGGGACUGCAGAGGCCAUCAAAGCACUGGGCGCCAAGCACUGUGUGAAGGAGACCCACGAAGCUCACGUGGAUCAGAAAAACAAAGUAGUCACAACCCCCGCCUUCAUGUGUGAAACCGGUCUGCACCACAUCCAUGAUGGCAUCGGGGCCAUGGUGCGGAAGGUGCUGGAACUCGCCGGCAAGUGA